GAGCCAGAACGUGCCUCUCGACAAUUAUAAAAAGGGCAGCUUCGUCUCCUCGACUUUCGCCCUUCUCUGCAUCUCUAAGCAAUCCCAGUAUCGUGCUCAACACGCAACAGAUUCAGUAGUACUUUCAAAGCUUGCAACAUGCGAUUCAUUCAGCUGACCGCUUUCGUGGUCGUGGCCAUGGCGCUGGUCAAUGCCUACCCGACUGCGCUGCAACAGCGUGACAUUGCCUUUGGCAAAGAUGUUCUCGAGGCUAGGAUCAACGUUCCAACUCCUAUCCUCGAGCACCCAAGCCCGGGUCUCCUUGCACGUCAGGUGCAGCCUGACACGCACCACGAAAGCGGCAAGCCCGAUCCCCCUGCGAAGAAGGAUAACCCUCACCCUCCCCCUACUCGCAGAGGUGAGCAUGCAGAAGUCAAGCACAAGCCGCCACCGAAGACGUGGCACCCUCCUCCACCUCCUCCUCCAUCGAAGAAGGAGAAGCCUCAUCCUGCACCUCCUGCUGCUCGUCGAAGCUCUGAGCCUGAAGCUGAGCCACUCAAGGCGAAGAAGGAGAAGCCUGUUCCUCCACCCCCUGCUGCUCGUCGAAGCUCUGAGCCUGACGCUAAGCCUCUCAAGGCGCACAAGGAGAAGCCUGUUCCUCCACCUUUUCCUCCAUCACCUGCUGCUCGUCGCAGCUCUGAGCCUGAAGCCGAGCCACUCAAGAAGGAGAAGAAGGAGAAGCCUCCUCAUCCACCCGCUGUUGCUCGUCGAGCCUUCAAGACAGUCGACAUGGCCACUACUGGCGCUCCUAUCAAGAAGCGUGGCACGCACGACAUCGAGUCCAAGCCUCCUCCUGAAGAGGUCGUCCCUGGCAAGAAGCCACCAAAGGUUUUGAAGCCGGCCCCGAAGGCGACCCCGCCUAAAAUUCCUCCUCGUGGUCUUCGCGCUCGCAGCUUUGAUUAGAUGAUAAAGAGCCUAUUUGGGCCGCUCGUGACCCAAGAAGAUCAGCUGCUCGC